AUGAACAGCUUCAAAAACCUGUUUUCUUGUCUGACGCCCUGUUUCGACUGUGCGGAGGGGUCCAGUUUUGAUAGUGUGCCAUACCCAAGAUUCAACGCAGUUUACCAACCGACUGUGAGGUUAGAUGUCGGAAGAAUGGGUAAAAACGUGGUGAUUUUGAAAGAAGGAGAAAGGAUUUGCGGUAUUGGAGGAGCAAUCGCAACUGUGCCAAUUGUUCAAAACAAAGCGUACUUCCAAGUGACUAUACAACAAACUGGUAUCUGGGGAAUCGGACUCGGCCAGAAACAAUCCCCCUUCGAUCAAAUUCCGUGCACAGAGAAGUUCUGGGGAAUAAGAGAUAAUGGAGAUAUCGCGAAAGAGAAUCAACUGGUAGCAAAAAUGGCAAAAACUGUGGAGGAAGGAGAUGUUGUGGGAGUCACCUACGACCAUGUGGAGCUCAAGUUCUAUGUGAAUGGGAAGCCAGUCGAGGAUGUUAUCACUGGAGUCAAAGGACCGGUGUACCCCAUGGUUUACGUCGAUGACUCUGCAAUCCUCGAUCUCAAGUUUAAAAACUUUACGGAAGCACCGCCACCUGGAUUUGGAGAAAUUCUUGUGGAACAAACUAUACUUUAA